AUGACAGCCACCGUGACGCUGGAGCCGGCGGGCCGCUGCCGCUGGGACGAGCCCGUGCGCAUCGUCGUGCGCGGCCUCGCCCCGGCGCAGCCGGUCACGCUGCGCGCGUCCCUGCGCGACGAGAAGGGCGCGCUCUUCAGGGCCCACGCGCGCUACUGCGCCGACGCCGCCGGCCUGCUGGACCUGGAGCGCGCGCCCGCGCUGGGCGGCAGCUUCGCGGGGCUCGAGCCCAUGGGGCUCUUCUGGGCUCUGGAGCCCGAGAAGCCUUUUUGGCGAUUUCUGAAGCGGGACGUGCAGACGCCCUUCGCCGUGGAGCUGGAGGUGCUCGACGGUCACGAGCCCGAGGCCCAACGACUUCUGGGCCGGGCGGUGCACGAGCGCGACUUCCUGGCUCCCGGGGUGCGGCGCGAGCCGGUGCGCGCGGGCCGGGUGCGCGGCACGCUCUUCCUGCCGCCAGGAUCUGGACCUUUCCCAGGGAUCAUUGACAUCUUCGGUACUGGAGGAGGCCUGUUGGAAUAUCGGGCCAGUCUUUUGGCUGGCCAUGGCUUUGCCACACUGGCUCUAGCUUAUUAUGACUUUGAUGAUCUUCCCAAGAAAUUUGACGUGAUACACCUGGAAUAUUUUGAAGAAGCCGUGUGCUACAUGCUCCAGCACACCCAGAUAAAAGGCCCAGGCAUUGGCCUUCUGGGCAUUUCCUUAGGGGCUGAUAUUUGUCUCUCCAUGGCCUCAUUUUUGAAGAAUGUAUCAGCCACAGUGUCCAUCAAUGGAUCUGGGUUCAUUGGAAACAAAGCUAUGUCCUACAAAGAGAACAGCAUUCCACCACUGGGCCAUGACCUGAGGCGAGUGAAGGUAGCUUUCUCAGGCCUCCUAGACAUUGUGGAUGUAAGGAAUGACAUUGUAGGGGGGUGCGAGAACCCCUGCAUGAUUCCAAUAGAGAAGGCCCAGGGGCCAAUCCUCUUCAUUGUUGGUCAGGAUGACCAUAACUGGAGGAGUGAGUUUUAUGCCCAGAUAGCCUCGGAACGGUUACAGGCCCAUGGAAAGGAAAAACCCCAGAUCAUCUCUUAUCCUGGGGCUGGGCACUACAUUGAGCCUCCUUAUUUCCCCAUGUGCCCAGCUUCUUUGCACACGUUCUUGGACAAACCCGUAAUGUGGGGUGGGGAGCCCAGGGCCCAUUCUAAGGCCCAGGUAGAUGCUUGGAAGCAAAUUCUAACCUUCUUCACCAAACACCUUGGACCUUCCCCCAAAUUGUAA